AUGAAAACAGGUUGGCACUUCAAAUAUCUGGCAGCUUUGAGCCAGGUACUUGGAGUUGUCGUUGCGGAUUGGCAAUUCAGGUCUCGUCCUGACCUUGCCCCUCCACGCCUGAACAUCACCACCCCAGCCACGAAAGAUGUGGAAACAGGCUAUCUCUUCCUCGCUCCAUUCGCUGGGCAUUCAGACACUCCCACCGAACAACAUGGUCCAAGGCAAGCAUCACCAUACAUAUUUCGGGACAACGGCGAUCUGAUAUGGUCUGGGUAUGGUAUCUAUAGUAUUUGGGCAACUAAUUUCCAGGCCGGCCGCUGGGAUGAAAAAGACAUCAUCUUCAGCUUUGAGGGCGACCACAAUCCAGGAUAUGGUCAUGGCCACGGUCAUAUAACUUUUCUAGAUCAGCAUUAUGAGACCAUGAAAGAACUCAGAGCUGGUAAACAUAAAAUAGCAGACAAGCAUGAAUUCCAUAUUGUCAAUGAAAAGACGGGGUUGAUCCAGAUCUACCAGCCAGUUCCAAGAGAUCUCACGGCAUUUGGAGCACGCCCAGAGCAGCAAUGGAUCGUCAACGCCAUAAUCCAAGAGCUUGAUAUCACGACUGGCGAUGUACUUUUUGAAUGGGCUAGCUUGGAUCAUGUUUCACCGGAUGAGUCGGUCCUGCCAAUCAAUCCAGGUCAAGCUGGCUCCGGCUAUAACAGUUCAGAUGCCUGGGAUUAUUUUCAUAUUAACAGUGUCGACAAGGACCCUGAGGGCAACUAUCUGAUCUCUGCGCGUGAUGCCUGCACCAUUCAUAAGAUCAAUGGCACUGAUGGAAGCAUCAUUUGGAAGCUUGAUGGAAAACACAGCUCUUUCAAGGUGCCUAAGAAUGCUAAAUUCUGCUUUCAGCAUCAUGCUCGCUGGCUAGAACAGGACGGUGAUAUUGAGAUUAUCAGCUUGUAUGACAACAGUGCCCACGGAUCGGAGCACGACGAAGGGGGCGAGGUGCAUACUGCACCUACUAGCAGUGGUAAGAUCUUGAAGCUGAACACCUCAUCAUGGGAAGCGGAACUGGUACAAGGUUUCUAUCCACCCGACGGAUUGCUCUCCAAGUCUCAAGGUUCAACACAGGUACUUCCGAAUGGCAACGUCCUAGUUGGUUGGGGCUCCGAAGGGGCCGUUACAGAGUAUCUUCCAAACGGCACAGCCAUUUUCCACGCGUAUAUGGAUUCUGGAAAUCUUGGGCAGGGAGUUCAGAACUAUCGGGCUUUUAGGUACAAUUGGACCGGUAUCCCUAAUGAAGAUCCAGCCAUAGUGGUACUGGAAGAUGGCGACAACACCACCAUCUAUGUCAGUUGGAACGGUGAUACGGAAACUGUUGCCUGGCGCUUCUAUGCGGUAUCUGAUAAGGUUGGCGUGAAGAAGUUUUUGGGCCAAGUUCCGCGUAGGAGCUUCGAAACUUCGCUGCGUGUGCCAAGCAGGCACGUGAAGACUGCUUUGGCAGAAGCGGUGGAUAGGAACGGCAAAGUUUUAAGAACCACUGACACUGCAUUGGUCGAACCAUCGAUCGCUCCUCCUGGAAACCAUGGUGGUAGCUAUGCUUUAGAGAAUCUUCAAAAACCAUUGCGUUGGGUAGCAUAA